AUGUCUGUAAUUGCGCUACCAAGAAAGGGCCAAGCAACGGAGAUAGUGGCAGCCGCGGGAGGUACCGCCGUCGCGCCAGACCCUACCGAGACGCUUUUUUCAAGCGAAGAAGCCCGGCACUACUACAUGAAAAUCUGUAUGCAACUUAACAUUCACGCGAACACUUCAUUUCUCAGGCAGCUUCAAAGCGAAAGUGUCGUUAUCGCCUUCAAAAAUGAUUACCUUGGGGAGAAUGGCAUUGCUGCCAUCACGGCGACUCUACAACGGUGCGCAAUUCAUGUAUUGGGCUUGACGCAUUGCCGACUCCAGGUGGAGGAUAUCAAACAUAUUUGCGAUGCUUUUGUCGCUCACCCGACUUUGGAGAGACUCGACUUGCGUGGAAACCCAAUCACUGUGAUGGGGGGCAAACGCAUCUUGAAUCUUGUUUGUCGGAAUUCCCACAUUACCGAGGUCGAGCUCGACGAUGACGCUCCUAAUCGCGAUGUCAUAAGGCAGCGAUGCCAUCAAAACAUGCAGGGCGCCAUGACGACAAGAUACUGCGCUGCGUGCGAUAAACCCGUCGCUUCAGGCCGAGAUGGAUGCGCGGCAAAUCCGUCCUUGCCAGGCCCAAGCGUCGUUUUUUCCAUUCUGCAUAGCCACUUCACGCUAACGAUGAAGCAGCAUAUCACGGCGGUAGAGUUGUAUACCUUUUUUGCACUUCUUCAGAAAGUCUGUGACGUGUCUAAUGGAGUUUUUUUUGUCUGCUCCGAGGAGUGCGCCACGAAGAUCACGUUGGAUUUACUCUCCUACGCGAAUUACGCUCGCACGAAUGUGUUCGGAGAUGGGUCGGUGAGUGAUCCAUCCUUGAGUCUGAGGUGUCCUUUCCCUCAACGGGCGAAUCGAAAAUGGCAAAUUCCCACCCUGGCUAUCAUCAAGAAGUUCCGUCAAGAGUUUUUAGGGAAAGGGUCCGAUGGAAAGUUUGAGGACCGUGUAGCAUCGAAAGACAGUUUUGCAGAAAUUCUUGAUGAAAAAUUAGGCAACAUUAACCCUCAGCCCAAGAGUGUUGAUGGGGUGUGCCCUCUCUGUGGUUAUGCUUUCGCUUACACGAAUGUGGAGCAUGUCGCUUCUGCGCUCUUGACGCUAUUUCUUCAUGAUCUAGAUCGCUAUCUAGAAAAAUACCAAUCGGUCCUCAGCGCAUCUGUCUUCCUGCGCAUUUGCCGAACCAUGGCGCAGUACGCAAACUUAUCGGCCUGCUGCUCGCGUAAAUGCUUGCGCCAAAUAUCGCGCUUCGCACUUUACGGGUUUCGAGGCGUUAUUCGAAGCUUUUCCACCAAAAACGAACCAUUUCUAUCCUCUAAGCUCUCUUUGAGCUCCUCAAAGGGUCAGGAGCUGCCCGAGUGCAGCUUUAGCAUUUUGGAUAUGUCCUCUUUAACGGUGUAUGACGUCGGCGAGGAGGAAAUCUCCUGCGCGUUGACCGUGGCAAGUGCGAUGGAGGAUAUCGAACGGGUUCCGAUUGAUCCGUAUUUUAUUUACGCCGCCGGCCGGCACCUCGCGCGGCAGCCUCGUGGAAGUGUGGGGAUGACGCUCCAGUCCGCCUGUGAGGUGGUGUGCACGUUUGGCUGCCUGGAGGCCGCGGCGUCACCUUUUCCACGGGGCCCCUCCUCCUCCUUUUCGAGUGAGGUGGUGGGGGAUUGGGAGGCGUGGGGGCGGGGUGGGAGGGAUAUCGCAGCGAUCCUGCGCGGGGUUUUUGCGCGGAGGCGGGGCGGGGUGUACGCGGUGGACGGCCCGCACGGGAACCUCUUCGACAACAUCCGCGCGACGCUCUGGACGUUCAAACGGCAGCGUCGGAGCAUCCUCGUGGUGAUCAAGGCCUCCCCAAGCUGGUUUAACCUUUCGAACGGGGUGAUCGCGGGUGAAAGUACCGCCCCUCGGGGUGGUUUUUACACCACGGUAAAGAUCAUCGGGCAGAGUGUCUUGAGCAAUGAACCGCACUUGAUUUUGCAAGGCCACUUCGGCUCACGCGUAGGUUAUCGGGGUUUUUUUUAUAUAACAAAGAAUCUUUUCAAUCGCUUUACAACUGGGAACGCGUAUAUUUUCCUAGAUCGAAACAGUUUUGUGAACCUCAGUAGGGGUUCCAUGCCACCUUUACCUUCGGUGGGAUUAGCUAGAGAGGUUGUGUCCCCGUGUGCGAGAGAGCUCUUUGACCAGUUGAACUCUGAUGCCACUGGACUGAACAAGGUAUUUUGUAGCCUGUUAAAUUGUUCUCUCAAGGGUAGUUCCUCGAACUUGACGGCCAACCAGAUGCAUUGCGUGGGGGCUGUAUUGCGACGUCUUCCGCCGAUUUUAUACUUUCUGAGAGAAUCGGAGCGUCAGUCGGGCGCCGUUUUCGCAGUUUUACAGCACAGUAUAGCAAAAUUUGUGGCCGCCUUUCUUUCUCAAACGCGCCCUGCGAUGUCUACUUCAGAGCUGAUCUUCCUUCUAAGUGAGGUGUUUGGGGCGGAUGUAUGCCGUUGGUUAUGUUCUGCUCUGAAAAAUUUCUCCGAUCGAUCUAUUUCCUGUCCUCUACCUGAGGAUACGAUGGAAAGGACGCAUACGCCAUUAUUGAGCGUCCUUUCCGUUGAUAGGUCUCGACUGCAUUCACAUGAGAACUGGUUUUCCAUCCCACUGCUGCCUCCCGCCACGAGCGAGCAAGAAGAACCUGUUUCCCUAUCCACGACACUGAUAAAUAAGAUAUUACCCUAUAAUGGUCCUCAACGACAAGAUACAAAAUUGGAUUCUCUAUGUGCAUAUUCAGACCGUAGACUGAGCACAAAGCCACCACCUCGUUGUCCCUUGGAAGAUCUAAUUGGAAAGCAGGAAGAAGUUGCAAGUGAGGAACUCUCUUUUGACUGUUUCGGGAAGCGCUGGAGUGCUUUUCAUCUUUGCGACGACGAUGGUACGGUAUCCCCGCUUAUCGUCUGUUUCUUAGGCAAUGCUGUCUGCCUGUACAACCUGGCAACGUCGAGAGUGGUUCGGCCACUGGAAAAGAUAAAGCCCUAUUCCACGCUUCUGGGUGCAUUCCCUUUCAUGUAUGGCGUUGAUUGCGCCUUUAACCACCCGCUGCGCCCUUGUGAGGUGUUUCUGUUUUCGUCUGGGAUGGUUGCCAUUUGGGAUGCGGCAAAGCGGAAGUGCCUCUUGGGUCCGUGUUGCUACCACAAGUAUCAACCACUUACCCAUUUACCUGAGAUUUUCACAAGGGUAGAGAGCGGCGGCAUCCCCGCGGCAUUGCCUUUUCCUGGUACCCCUUUAGUGGCCUUCUUCAGUCGGUCACAGGAGUAUGUUGUUUAUGACUUGGAAAAGGGGGAGGUACGGUUUCUUGGAUCUGUUUCGAGUGCACUCAAAGAUGCACCCUUUUUGUCUGAAGAAAAACUGUUGCGUUCCAUGGGGAUGGGUAGCCAGCAAAAAGCCCAGCAAAACAUGUGCGACGCCUCCAGCGAUGUCUCAGGAGUGAAUAAGCACAGAUAUCUUAGAAAUCCCCCGUUCGGAAAGGAAAUAAUGAACCGUUUCAUCACCGGUGGAAUUCCCAUGGCUGUACUGCAGGAACACCCAAAUGGGGUUGGGCACGGCAAGGCAUCCUCUGAAGUGUGCACUUCCAAUGGUGUCUAUACCGUUUUACUCCCCAUGACAUGUGGAGAGGUGAUCAUUAUGAGGGUGGAUUCCAGUGCUGUUAACGUCGAUCACUGGCUUUCAAUUUCUUCAGUCAUCCCUAUGCGAGACUCGAAGUUUGCUCGACUACCACUUUCCUUUCGUCAGGUCGCCUUAGAGGCGCUAUCGCAAGCGUGUUCCGCCGUGGUGGAGCAUAAGGUACGUACAAAUCCCCAACUCAUUUCCUUGGAGCCCUAUCAGCCUAGAGCCGCCGAAUUGACGACCUCUAUCGAUUUUGACUCACAUGAUUUGCCCUCUUUUGAUGUCGAUGCAUCGUCAGUUAAAACAAAGUCCUACUCUACGAAUCUGGGAGUAGUCGUGACAGCGCAUCAAUGGACGCCGACGUCGCACACCAUGUUGAAUACCUUCCCCAACUCUUUCAUGACUCUCAGCUCCCCAAUAGCAUCAGAGCAAAUCGGUAAAAAUGUUACCGGGAAUAAAGAGGAGGUUUGUUACUACUAUUAUCACCAUCAAGAUGCACAGGAGGAGCCCGACACGGUGGCGCCAUCGUCAACCUCAAAAUCGUGGAUACUGUUUGACUUCGGUGCCGAUCAGGCUGAGUUCUUUGGGGCAGUCAUCAUCGUCACGAACGCUUUCUUUGAUCCUAUAUCGAACUUUUCAGAUCUUCCUUUUGUUGGGGGAAGUGAUGUCAAGCUAUUUGUCGAGUCUAGCGAAGGUGGGAUCCUCUUUCAGCGGGUUGCCUUUGAUUUUACUGUGCGUGGGCAUCUGGUGUUCGCCUCAUGGAAGGAGACGUGCCCAAUGCGAUAUUGGCGGAUCGGCUUGGAUACCAACGUCGACUCUCCCACCGUAGCUCAGCUGGGUGACUUCGGGAUUGCUCGAGUGCUCUGGUAUCGCGCAGUGUGGCAACCUACGCUGUGCGAACUCAGCGCCCUUGAGGCCUUUACUCCUCAGGAGGAGGAGGACGCACCGGAGGUCAGCAUCGUUGCUCCAUGCGUUGUAGGCAAGCCGGAAAAUAUUCUAAGCUGCAGCGCCGCAAGUACGGUGCUUGCGGCGCCAACAUCUCAUGGCUGGUGGGAGCGACGCGCGGUAUUGCCUCUUCUUCGCCCCGAUGAUGUCGGGGUAGCGUCUACGGCUCUCUUUUUUUGCGGUGGCUGCUUCUCGGAGAUGGACCUCAAUCGCUACGAGGUAAUGGGAAAUCGCUCGGUUGCGCUACGCCGGCACCCAGCCUUCAACAAGAUGCCCUACCCAUUCCACACAGGCCUCGACGCGAUCUUUUACACACACUUGUUAAAGUACUCGGCACGGAUUGUAACCCUGUUGCGCGAUGGCUUCCGGCUACACUGGAAUUUACAAGAGGGCCGUGCGGAAGGGCCUGUUGUGUGCUGGCAGGAAGCGGAAGAAUUUUAUGGGAUUCCGGUAGACUUAGAAAAGGAUCUUGUACAUAUCACCAAUGUCUGGCGUGUUCCACAGGAGAUACGUGUGAUCUACAGAACCCAAUCCUCUGCUAACGCCCUGAGCACGCUGUGCUGGCAUGUGGAUCGCCGUGUUGUGACGUCAGGGCCUAUGCCCCUCGACCAAAAUCCGCACCUAAACUGCCCUGAAUUAGGGGAUAAACACAUUUCUUGCAUCUUUUCCACCCCACAGAGCCCCAAUAGCUUUGUUAUUUUUGCCGAGGAUCUUGUGGCGCACCACCCCCUUCCUUACACCGUGUCGUCGUCGGCCUCGUGGAUGGUAAGUACGAUUCCCCUAAGCCGGGCUUUCCACCGCCUUCAAUACGCCCUUCCAGCAUGGGGCCUGCGGCGGCGCGACGCGGUUGUGAUGGUGGACUUACGCAGCCACCCGCUCCUGAUACUGGGCGUUGAGUUGGUGUGUCGACGCGUCGACGCGAAUCGGCUGUGGAUCGUGGAGUACAGCGACGAUGCCAUCUACUGGCGUACUGCGAGUCGUCAUCGUCAGAGCUCACUCUUUGCUCGAACGACGUGGUCGCCGACCUGUGUGAAAGGGGUUUCCCAUCGCUUUUGGCGGUUGUCCACGGUGUGUGAUGCAUCUAGCCCUGAUCAGGAUACCCCCGCAGAGCCCACGAAAAAGGAAGAUCAGAAAGUGAUAUUCUACUCCAGUAUUCGACUUUUGGUGGUUCCACACACGACCUGUCGUGUGCUACCAACGCGAAUGAGUACCAGCGGGCAACUCAUCAGUUCAGCCAGGGAGCUGUUCAUCGAGGCUCCAUGUAGUGGUUUUGUUGCCUUCGGGGCGAACCCAGACGCUGUGGUCGAGAACACCACAAAGCCACACUACAUUUUGAUUGAUUAUGGUUCAAACGCACCUGUUUCAUUUUCUGGACUUUCUAUCAUGCGCAGACUUCACAAUCAAGAGGCUGAUGGUAGUUCAAACUCUCUGUUGCGUCAUUCACAGUUGCUGGUGGAGGUUCUGUGUAGCGAUGACACUGUCACGUGGAGCCGCUGUGGCUUCUUUUCAAGCCCUUUUGAAUCCCUAAAAGUGUUCUGGGAUACUACUGAGGUACUAGGCUCCUCACGCUUUUGGAAGUUGGAAUUCAAAGUUGCCUCUGCUUUAGUGAUUGAGAAGCUUAUGUUUUACGUUGCUCAGUGCCCCUUACUAAAACUUGAAUCCUCGGACCACAGCCAUGCCAUUCCUUGCACUUCCUUGCUCUGGGUUAGCGCUUGUGCCGAACCAUCGUACUCCGACACUGACAUGGCAGCCACGGAGAACCAUGGGUACCACCGCUUGAGCACCUCUGUUAGUAACUCGGUUGUUCUCGACAUGACUUCCUUUUCGAUACUUGAGAAUGCCAUCUGUGGCGUCGAAUUACAAUGUGCAAAAACGGACGCAAUGCUAGUAGGCUUCUGCGUUGAGUGCAGUCAGGAUCAGGUUAAAUGGCUUAGUCUUUCCUAUAUUGAUAUUAGUCUUCGUCAGCUUGUCAGCGCCGCGUGCUGGCAAGCCGUCGGGCACUACCGAUUCUGGCGUUUACGGAUCACCUCUACUUCCCACCCGAAUGGCUUCAUGCUUCUAAAGCGGGUGAGGUGGCUGACAUCAAAAUUUGUUCUUUAUAAGGUAAUUCCUUCAGACCAAGAAAAGUUGGUGGAAAAUGCGGAUGGGGUGCAAGAAACUGUUCUGCAGCUCCAGUUAUCUCGUCCUGAGGCUAUGAUGGGCGUGAAAGUGAGUGACCUUCCUCCUGGAAGUGAGUGUGUGGUGGAGCGGCUCGAUUUAGAUGGCAUCACAUGGAGAGAGGUGAGUCGGAUUGCGAGCCAGGAUCCAUUGAUGCCGACUAACGUGCUAAAAGGCUGGAAUUCAGGCCCUCCUAGUUCCUCUUGGCGUCUGCGUCGUAUCGGCCGCGGUGAGUACGUGAACUCGUUCAACGCUCCCCUUUUGGACGAUGGAGCUGAAGAGCUGGUAUCCCCACUGGCGAACCGGGAGGCAACGGAGCAGGAGAUCUGCAUGUCUGUCGAGUGGUUGGGAGUUGGGAGGGAGGAACCGUUUCGAGUCGAUGUGAACGCCAUUCAGGGUAUGACUUCAAGUUGUGAUGGCUUCGAAGAGAUUUAUCCACUAGACGAGCUAUGUGCGCGCUCGAUGGGUGCGUCGGUUUCUCCUUUCCCCGACCAGGUCAUCUUGCGAAGCCUCCCCUGCAUGGACCACGAGGGAAACCCGACGAAGAAUGAGCCGACGAUCGGCUGGAGUUUUUCCUCCCCUCUUCACCUCGAUAGCGUGUGUGUAUAUGCCCGUCUGAGCGCGCCGGAUAUGCGCAGCUCCUUGCAAUCGCAGGGCGAGGCGGCCGCGGAGGAUCUUUCCCCGCGGCCCACAGCGAAGCAGCGGAGUCGAGCCUCCUCUCUGCGCCGCAUCAACCCUCUCAAGAAACGCGUCGGCGGGAAGGCCAAGGGGCCUCAUGCGUCAUCCGACGGGGCCGCGCGUGCACGUUUUCUCUCCCUCGUCGUCGAGAGUUGCCAUAAUGGGGUGGACUUCGUGCCGCUCGCGGAGGCCGCCCUCUCUGAUGGCCUAGUGGCGCUCUCCUGGAAGCACCCGGGGGAGUCGUUCCGGCAUUGGCGGCUGCGUCUUCGCCACAUCCCGAGCGGCACCACCGUGGAUGUCAGCCGGGUUCAAUGGUUCGCCCUGCGGGGCGUCGGCAGUGCGUUUGUCGAGCAGAUGCAGGGUCUCCGCCUGGCGAUGAGCAACACCGCCUACGCCACGUGGCAAGCCGAAGCGUUCAACCACGAGGAGGAGUUUUGUGCGCAGUGCGUUUCAGGUUAUACUCAAGCGAAAGGUAAGGCGAGCGGGAUGCUCGAGGCCGGGGAAAUCGAUAAGUUUGGAAACAUCGCCGAAUGCGUUUGGUCCUUAAAAAAAAAAUAUGAACGAUUUAUCAUUAGAAAAAGAAAAGAGAUUAUCGCGGGGAGCCUAUUGAGCCCUAGGUCCCUCCCGUUAUCGGUUAGAUCCGUGAUUCCUGAUAUGACGAAUCUUGAGUCUGACCUUAAUUACAUUCUUUAUUGCUCCUCCGAGAAUUACAGUUGUAACUUUGGCCACUUGGUUGAACUUAUUGGGCAACCUAUGAAUCUCGGCUCCACUUUUACAUUCUGCAAGAAAAAUACAUGGUUUUAUCCAUGCCUAUCGAUUACUGGGAAACUUCAGGGUCUGUUUCAUGGGGUUGAGGGCCUUUCGGUGAAUUAUAGUGUCUAUUGGAGCCUAUCACUGGAACUUCAGCGUGAUAUGGGACAGAUUAAGAAUCCUUCUAUAAAUGCGUUGAGCCCACAUCUUGCAUCACCUGUCAUUUCCCUUUACAUGAACGGCUCGCAGUGCCGGCGGGCGAUUCAUUCCAUGGGUCUCUUACCACUUUAUCACGCCGGUUUCAGGGCGCCACCAACGAGUGGUACUCAUUCCGACGGCAAUUCAGUAAUCAUUUGUUACGCACUCAAUGAAGUUGUUUUUUCAGACAAAUAUCCCCUCAAAGUGGUUGGAAGCUCUAGCGGUAAGUCGAUAUCGAGUCCCUUUCCCUAUCGCAUCUUCUACGGCGUGAAUGUUAUUCAGCGCAUGGCCUUAGCGUCCUGUCCGAUCCCUAUUCUCGACAUGUUGUGGCGCAUCUACCCACAACCCGUUCUUGAUCAAUGCAGUGCCUUGAUGACGUUUAAUACCCCCUCAGCUAACAGCCAAACGGCGGUGAUCCGCUUUACGCUCCCGGGCAGCGAGGCACGUCUCCUCAACGCUUAUGGAAUUACAGUGGAUUCAAUUGAAUUUGAGCUGAGCAUGAGACUAAACAGUCCCUCUUCCAGUAACAUACCACGUCCAAGUAGCAGCAACUCCUCUCGCCCUCUUUCUGGAAAAUCUAAUACGCCGCAUAGGCGGGAUGUGUACAAUCAUCGCCUUCUAAGCAGCUCUUUAACAUCGAAAAUGAAUGAAGGAGUGGAGUUUGAGGUCAACUUUAUUACUCAUGGCGCGCGGUAUUACUUUAACACCGCACCACCAGCCACCCUCCGCCCACCUACAAGCAGCGACGAGAAAGAAGAAGAGGGAAAGUCGUUUUUGGUAAGUUUUGUGGGGUCGCUGUCCUCCACACCAGCGCUUUUGACGCUCCGAGGAGGCGUUUCCAGUGGUUGCAUUCCAUGUCAAUUCAUCCCGGAUGCCUACAUCGCGUAUAUAUCGAUCUUAGGGACCGCAGCGGCGGCGCGGGAUGUGGGGUUUGACGACUCUGCUCUCGCCCUGGUGUCGCCCUACGCAAUCGAUUACGUGACCCUCUCCGGGAGGUUAUUCCUGCCGAAUGGGAAAAACUACACCUGCUCCUAUGACCUCCCCCCAGGGGUUCGUUGGGAUAAAUGGAGGGAAAUGGCCGUGGAAUUUGUUCAGGCACCACUGGAGGAAGUGUUGCGCUUCUCCGAGAACUUUUUCGAUGCGUCGAACGGGGACGAAUCCCAACAAACCAAUACACACCGUGAUAAGUAUUGGUCCUUCAUUAGCAAUCUGAACAUUCGAAUUUCGAUGAAGGUGGUGGUGGAUGCUGUCAAACAUGAAUUGCGCGGUGCUGGCUCUGCCGAGUGUAACGGAGAAUUCUCCCAGGACUUGGUCGCCGUCAUCAACCGCGGCGGGUUUAGGUUCAGCGGUACGCUACCGUUCGUACGUCUAGGUCUGAUCUUGUUGGAGGGGUAUCCCGGCUCCGAUAACGCCCUUUUCUUUGAUCUCAUGUGUGAUAGAGCUGUGGGGGAUGUGCAACUUCGCGCUGUCGGCGUUAGCUCGCUCGGCACUACGAUGGCACCCAUACCGACUCACAUUGAGGCUAGCAGUGAGCGUGGUGUGUUACUUCUCGCUUCUACUUAUGUGUUCGAUUUAAGUAUAGAGGUUAGUAAUGGUGAAGAGAUACUUUUAUCUACUUCAUGCGGAUUCAUAGCGCAGGUUAAUAUUCAUAAAGAGCUUCUAUUCUCUGAGAUAGAGGCACAACUGCGAGCGAAACCGAUUGUCGCCUCUCUGUGUGCUCAUGGGAUGCCUUUCUGCCUUAAACUACAUGGUUUGGUUGCGGAGCCGCUGUUCUUAUCAAGCUCCUUACAGACGUUGGAGAGAACACAACGGUGGCUUUGCUUCUCAUUGCACGGCGUUUUCUUUGGAGGUAGUUUUGACGUCGUUUCGUCAUGGGUACUGGAGGACAUGUCACCCUCAUCUUUGCAUACAGCUUGUCAAGCAGUUGUGGUGCAGAUAAUGGAGCAAUGCGAGGAAAGCCUGUGGUCUUCCUAUGCCAACAUGGUGGGCUGUAUACAGUUGGAGGAUUCCGAGAAGGAGGAAUCCAUUUUGAAUAUGGGAUUGCGAGAAGAUAAAAAAAUGCCGAUCUCGGAACGCCAUUUGGCCUCCUCGCAGGGUUGCUUUAUGUCUCGUUGGAUCGAACAGGAAUGUGAACUUUUCGAAGAAGACUUAGAGUGA